UAGAGCGCCCGGGUGCUUUGCGCCAGGCUGAGGGUGGGGCCAGCGUUAGUGGUUCCGGCUCGGCUCCUGUCGCCCCUCGGCUCCUCGCCUUCCCCCUCCCCUCCCACACCUCUCCUCCCUCCGCUUCCUGGGAAAGAGAGAAGCUACCACCGUGGGUGGGUACAGAAGCGCUCGUCGCCUCUGGGAGGGGACCGCGCCGGUCCCUUGUGAUCCCCGGAGCUCCACCGGACCAGGUACUCGCUCCGGCUCCGACGGGGUCCCGGAGGUUGGAGCCUGAGGUUACAAAAUAUCCGUCUAUGCUCGAGACUUACAGACUACAUGUCCACAAGAACGAUCCAAUGGUUUUUCAUUCCUUGAAGAUACAUUAGAAGCAUAAAUAUGGUGCCAAAAGAACUUUCUACCCUUCUCUGACUACGGUUCAUUUGGACAUACUUUUGUACUGAAGAGAGGUAUACAGCCUGAGGCUAUUCAUUGUGGAGCGACUCUGUCGGGUAGGAUAAUGGACCAUCCUAGUAGGGAGAAGGAUGAAAGACAACGGACCACUAAACCCAUGGCACAAAGGAGUGCACACUGUUCCCGACCGACUGGCUCCUCAACAUCCUCUGGGGUUCUUAUGGUGGGACCCAACUUCAGGGUUGGCAAGAAGAUAGGGUGUGGGAACUUCGGAGAGCUCAGAUUAGGUAAAAACCUCUACACCAAUGAAUAUGUAGCUAUCAAACUGGAACCAAUAAAAUCACGUGCUCCACAGCUUCAUUUAGAAUACAGGUUUUAUAAACAGCUUGGCAGUGCAGGUGAAGGUCUCCCACAGGUAUAUUACUUUGGACCGUGUGGGAAAUACAAUGCCAUGGUGCUGGAGCUCCUCGGCCCUAGCUUGGAGGACUUGUUUGACCUCUGUGACCGAACUUUUACUUUGAAGACUGUGUUAAUGAUAGCCAUUCAGUUGCUUUCUCGAAUGGAAUAUGUGCACUCAAAGAAUCUCAUUUAUCGAGAUGUCAAGCCAGAGAACUUCCUGAUUGGCCGGCAAGGCAAUAAGAAAGAGCAUGUUAUACACAUUAUAGACUUUGGACUGGCUAAGGAAUACAUAGACGCUGAAACCAAAAAACAUAUACCUUAUAGGGAACACAAAAGUUUAACUGGAACUGCAAGAUAUAUGUCUAUCAACACGCAUCUUGGCAAAGAGCAAAGCCGGAGGGACGAUUUGGAAGCUCUGGGCCAUAUGUUCAUGUAUUUCCUUCGAGGCAGCCUGCCCUGGCAAGGACUCAAGGCUGAUACAUUAAAAGAAAGAUAUCAAAAAAUUGGUGACACCAAAAGGAAUACUCCCAUUGAAGCACUCUGUGAAAACUUUCCAGAGGAGAUGGCAACCUACCUGCGAUAUGUCAGGCGAUUAGACUUCUUUGAAAAACCUGACUAUGAGUAUUUACGGACCCUCUUCACAGACCUCUUUGAAAGGAAAGGUUACACCUUUGACUACGCCUACGAUUGGGUCGGGAGGCCUAUUCCUACUCCAGUAGGGUCAGUUCAUGUAGAUUCUGGUGCAUCUGCAAUAACUCGAGAAAGCCACACACACAGGGAUCGGCCAUCACAACAGCCUCUACGAAAUCAGGUGGUUAGCUCAACCAAUGGAGAGCUGAAUGUCGAUGACCCCACAGGAGCCCACUCCAAUGCACCAAUCACAGCUCACGCUGAGGUGGAAGUAGUGGAGGAAGCUAAGUGCUGCUGUUUCUUUAAGAGGAAAAGGAAGAAGACUGCUCAGCGCCAUAAGUGACCAGUGCCUCCCAGGAGUCCUCAGGUCCUGGGGACUCUGACUCGAUUGCACCUGCAGCUCCUGCCAUUUCUCAUUGGAAAGGACUCCUCUGCAGGGGAGGGUGGAGAUCCAAACCAAAAAGAAGAAAAGAGAUGCCCCCAGAAGGAGCCAGUGUGGGCAGCCAGGGCCCAGGGGGUCAGUGGCUGUCCCCACCUGCCUGAGGCUCUGAGCAGGUCCCAGAGCUGCUGCUCCUCCACUGCUUGCCCUCAGGGCCACUUGGUUGACUCUCCUUCCUAUUGUUUACAGUGAAGGUGUCAUUCACAAAAACUCAAGGACUACUAUUCUCUUCCCGCCCCUUAGUUUACUCCCGGUCCUUGCCCCACCCUCAACCUUCUCCAGCACUAAAGCUAGUGAGUUGAAGGCUUUGUCUGCCGAAGGAACUCUAGAGGCUGGGCUUGUGGCCAAGAAGGUAGGAGGAAGAUGGCAGGCCUGAGCUGGAGAGGAACCCUCUCCACCUUCCAGGGAUAUCUGGCUCCCUCUUCCUCUGUGCCUGCCCAGCCUCCAUCCUCAGCUGGCCAUGGGUACAGUUUACUCCCUCCCUCCCUCUUAUGAGGUUACACUGUAGGACACAAGCUGUGAGAAAUCUGCAGUCUACUGUCCCCGUGUGUUGGCGUUCUUAGCUUUCUUGACAAGUGUGAACUCUAUUCUCCAGUCAGUAGUAGAACAAUGCAAAUUGUUCUGAGCAAAGGAAAAAAACUGACUUUAUUGCACUUUUAGUUUAUUGGUUUUUUUGUGUUUU